GCGUUGCUUGUAGGUUUUGGCAAUAGAGUGAGUUGUCUAAGUUCGCUGUUGCGGUUUCGUUUAUUGUUUGCUGUGUAAUAAACGUCUUCGUUUUAAAUCAUGUCUGGACGAGGAAAAGGAGGUAAAGGUCUGGGAAAAGGUGGUGCUAAACGUCAUCGUAAAGUUCUUCGAGAUAAUAUUCAAGGUAUCACCAAACCUGCCAUCCGUCGUCUAGCUCGCCGUGGUGGUGUGAAGCGUAUCUCGGGAUUGAUCUAUGAAGAAACCCGUGGUGUAUUGAAGGUGUUUCUUGAAAACGUAAUUCGUGAUGCCGUAACCUACACCGAGCAUGCCAAACGGAAAACUGUAACGGCCAUGGAUGUUGUAUACGCUCUUAAACGUCAAGGCCGUACUCUGUAUGGUUUUGGUGGAUAAUUCCUCUUCUUGAAUGUCAACCUAUUCAUUCCGUCAUUGCCCGAGUCGAAAGCUUCCUACAUUUCAUUGACUUUUGUGUAACUAUUACUUUUCGGAUGUUACUCUUAUUCUCUUUUUUACGAAAGUUUCGAUUUGUAUUUCUUGACGAAAUCUCUUGAUUUACUGUAAUAGACGUACUGAGAACUCAAAAUUUAAUGUGUCGAAUAUUAAUGGAAGCUGUCAUUUAUCUUUUUAUGAAAAUUGUGUUUUUAAGUAUCUAAAUAAAUGUAUUCGAUUUAAA